GACUGCUUUCAACCAUCCACUCUAAACUCCACUCGCCUCUUCUUUUCACCUCCACUGAAAUCGAUUUCUGCAACAUCAAUUGUUAACCAAGCAAAAAUCUAACCACCAUGUCCUCGACCAUCCCCACCUCCACCUCCGUCCACGAGUCUGCCGUCAUCGAGGCGCCCUUCAGCGAUGUUUGGCACCUGAUCAAGCUCCAGGACUUCAGCAAGUUCUGGACCAAGCUCGAGAAGAGCGAGUUCGUCAAGGGCACAUCGGACGAGACCGACAUUGUCAAGUGGACAUUCAAGGACGGCACAGAGCUCGAGGUGAAGCAGGAGGAGCACUCAUCCAUUGACCAUUUCAUUACGUACUCCGUCAUUACUUCCAAGCCAGAGCUUUCAUACUCUUCGGUCGUCUCCACCAUCCGCGCAUACCCCGUCACAUCUGGCAAGCACCAGGGACAGACAUUCGUCACAUGGUCUGGCAACUUCAGUAGCGACGCUGAUGCCAGCGUGAUCCAAGACGCCAAGUUCAAGCGCCGCGAGGCUCUCGCUGACCUUGCUCAGGCCGCUUCGAAGAAAUAGUGUUCGAAACCAAAGCAUUGGGGUGAAACGAGUCCACAGAACUUUACAUUCACGGGUGACUUCAUCGUAUAUUCGUGAGUUGCCCUGUAGCUGCUGAAAAGUACAUGUCAGUGUAUGCUAGAAACUGGAUGAAAAUUGGCUUGUAUGAUAGUAGUAACGUCAAAGAAAAUGAACGACACCAACAUUUCGCAUCC